GCUUCGCCGUCUCGACUCUCUUCCCGUGUCGGCUUGCCUUCGCGAAGGAAGUCUCGCGAGAGUUAAGGCGCCCGGGGCAGCAGACUCUGGAGCGCUUGGAUGCCGGAAAGCCAUCCAUGGACCCCCUGGUGAGCCCUCCCAAAACCAGGCUGUGGAAAAGGAGGAAGGAGGCCAGUUGGAAGCCGAAGAGGAAGCGUCUCCAAGCGGUCACCCCUGACCUGGAGCUCCACCACUGCGACAUCUGCGGGAAGGACAUCAAAUACCAGUCUAAUUUCUGGGAGCACCAGCGCAUCCACACGGGGGAGUGCCCGUACCAGUGUCAGCGUUGCCAGAAGACCUUUGCCCGUUGUGCCGACCUCAUUAAGCACCGCCUGGUGCAUUCGGCCGCGCGGCCCUUCUGCUGCCAGAUCUGCGGGAAACGGUUCAAGCUGCGGGCUGACAUGGACAAGCAUGCCAAGGUGCAUUCGGACGAGGCCCCCUUCCCCUGCCAUUUGUGCCCCAAGCGCUUCAAGCGCACCUCCUGCCUGGUCAAACACUUGCGGAUCCACACCCAGGAGAAGCCCUUUGCCUGCGCCCACUGCAGCCGGCGCUUCAAGUGGGAAACCUCGGUCAAGGAACACGAGCGGGUUCACACGGGCGAGCGUCCCCACCGCUGCGACCAGUGUCCCAAAGCCUUCACGCAUCGCUCCACCUUCCUGCAGCACCAGCGCACCCAUCAGAAAUACCCCGCCUUCAGCUGCGAGCACUGCCCCAAGUCCUUCAAUCACAAGUCCAACCUGCUGAAGCAUGUCCGCAGGUUGCACUCUUAGGGCCAGAGGGUGGGGGGAAAGGUGUGCGUUUAUAAGUGACCCUCCCCUCCCUUUCUCAGGGUCCCCAAAGACUUUGCGAGAUUUGCAAUGGCCGUCUUCUCAUUGUUAGUUGCAAAGUCAUGUCCGACCCAUCGCGACCCCGUGGAUAACGUCCCUCCAGGCCUUCCUGUCCU